GAGGCCAACGAUAGCUUCCAUGGAACUGCCUUUCUUGUAGCGGAUGAGCGUCACUGUGACCCGUGUGACGUCACGCCAAACCUACACAAGCCACAUAAUUUAUGUGGCCAUUCACAACAUGCUAGCUAGCUCUGGUUCUAUUGGAUUUCUAGCAGACAAGAUGGCUGACAAAAUGGACUAACGAAGGAUUCUGUUUCAGAGGGAUUAUUGUCGUUUCAACAUCCAGGAUGUUGAAAGUGUACAGGCCAAUAUGUCCUGAUACAUUCAGGCUCGCACACGACAUAAGCCCAGAUAUACUGGGGGAUGACGACUGUGAUACAGACUUCAAGAUAAAAGAGUUCAUCUCAGAAACCUAUGGCUGUUGGUAUGGGAAAGAUAACUCUACCCUCUCGGAUAAUGACACAGCCAAGGACAGCUCCACAGAAAAAGACAGUACUGCAGAAAAGAAUGCCAAAAACUUGUUACAUAUAAAAGGUCAGAGGCCUGAUUAUAUAAAUCCUUUACCAACUAGGAUUGAAGAUGUUGAGGAAUUACCUUCAAAAGAACUGUCUCCCAAGAAGACAUUGUCACCACAAACUGCUGCAGUAAUUCAGGAUGAUUACGAGGAGGACACUGUACCCAGCUGCAUUAGCUAUACCUCAGACGUACAUAUAUAUUCAUCAAACGAAUCUAUCAGAAAACUCUCAGAUUCGGAAGGAACUCCUGCUCCUGAAGCACAGAAUGGUAGAUGGCCAGCUAGACGGCCGCGGAAACUUCCAGAAAUACCUAAGAAACAUCGAGGAGGUUAUGAGCCCCAGCCAGCGGAGAUGGUGCGCUCUCUGGCCGAUGAGCUGAAGGAGGCAAUAGAGAAGGAGGAAAAUGAUGAUGUGUUUACAACAGCCAGGAAACCUCGGGACAAUAUUCUGGAGAAAUACCUUUAUUUUAGUGCUGUGUCUAGGAAUACCAGAACUUACACUGACUCGGAUAAUCAACUAAUUAUUGAGGAUUCCUCGUCCAAGCGACGGAAGUCUCCCCUCUCCUCCAGUGGGCGAGGCAGGAAGAACAGUUCCGAUGAAGAUGGAUCGAAGCGGGAUUCCACAUCUUCCACCAGUUUUGUUUCGACGUCUGUAUAUCAAGAAAUGGAGGUGACACAUCGAGGGAUGCAUCGCUUCAUUCCUCGACACGCUGACGAGAUCACGAUAGAGAUCGGCGACCCAAUUCAUGUCAUAAAGGAGUCGGACGACUUGUGGUGUGAAGGUGUAAACCUGCGGACAGGUCAGAAGGGCAUCUUCCCCGCGAUGUACGCCACAGAUCUAACCUUCCUAGAGGAGGAAUCAGAAGAGGAGGAUUUCUUGAAGUUCACGAUCCGCUUCCUGGGGUCGGUGGAGGUCAACUACCACAAAGGAGAUGAGGUCCUCAGCCAGGCCAUCAACAAGGUUGCGAUAGCACGCCGUACAACGAUGAGUUCAGCUCCCCCACCGAUGUGCACGAUGGAGAUCAGCCAGUAUGGCAUCCGCAUGAUUGACAAGAGCAAAGAGGGGCAUGAAAGUGAUGCAUUCUCCCACUUUUUUGCAUUGAAAAAUAUUUCCUAUUGUGGUACACAUCCAAGAAAUAACAAGUAUUUUGCAUUUAUUACCAAGCAUCCCAAAGAUUCGCGUUAUGCUUGCCAUGUGUUUCUAGGAGAGAGGACAACCCACUCUAUUACCGAUGCAUUAAGCAAAUCCUUCAAGAGGUUCUACCAGGAGUACAUGGCAUUCUCCCACCCCACAGAGGACAUAUACUUGGAAUGACUAACCGACGAAGGGGACUACCCCACACCUGAGUAGACUGAUCCAACAACAAAAACAGGAAGAUUCUAUUUAGAAUGUAUGGGUUAUAUAACCACAGUCGUAUUUCAUUAAGUAAAUGUAGCAUUCAAUCAAACACUGAUCAUUUCUGGUGACCGUGGAAGAUAAAUCAUCUCUUGUUUCUGAUUUAAUAAAUUUGAAAAUGUAAGUCAUGCCAAAAUUCAUCAUUCCCAUCAAUGAAUGCAUCACAAAGCUGCUCAAAGGGUGUUUAGCCGAAUUGUUGAGAAUCUCAGUUUCUUUGAUAGAUUGUAGAUUCUGACUGUCUAUACACUCUGGCCAUUUCUCCUGAUGUAGAAGUAAUUUGAGAAAUGUGUGUUGUACAUUUGUAUCAUAUGUUGCAAAAGUAGUCAUUCAUUUGAACGAUCCUUCGCAAACAGGCUUCCUCAUGUUAAGUGUUUAGCAAUUUGAUCUUAAUUAUGUACAGCAUGUUAUACUAAUGCUCCGUCACUCAUUUCAUUGGUGCACUAUUUAAAAGCCAUGAAGCAAAAUGGUUUCAAAUUUUCAGAGGAAAACAAGGAAGAAAUAUUUGAAUGUUACUGUAGGUACUACAGAUAUUUACCUUGGCUGCAUGUCCGCAUGUGCAUAUAUAUAUAUUGUGUACUUUUCUGUACACACAAGUUUACACUGUACAAGUCAAUCCCUUGAGCAAU